AUUUGUCGAGUCCCACAGCAGCCAUUCCAUUUUCUUGCCCGGGAUUGAUGUCGGGCUGAUGGGUCUAUAAUUACCCGGGUCAUUCUGUUCACCCUUUUUGAAUAUUAGUCUUUCUUCCCAUCUCCUGGAACUUCUCCGGGGGUUAUUGAAGAUCAAUGUUAACAGUCCAGUGUGCAUCCUCCAGGGCAGAAGCACAGUCUGACUGUUCCUUUCCUGCCUGGCUUGGAAGGUCCCCUAGGGAAUGCCCAGCUCCCCGGGGGUCCCUGUCCCAAUCCAAACUGCUCCAGACUCAGAUCUCAGCCCCCCAGCUGUAGGCAGGCACAGUAGGAGGGCAAGUUUCUCCCUGAGCAGUGGAAGAUAGAAACAGCCCUUGGUGUCAGUGAGUGCUGAGGGACAGUGCAGCAGUGCUUGCUGGUAUCCUGGAGGUCCAGUUGCCUUUUCCUUCUCUGCUGCUAGUUAUUGCCCCAUGCUUAUGGGAGUGAAAGCUUCAGUUUCCAGGGAGCAGCAGUGUCAGGCUGUCCAGUCACAGGGGCUUUAUGCAGCCCCCUGAGCUAAGUAGAAAGGGGGUCUCUGAGCAGCAGGAAAGGAGAAGUGUCCCUUAAGGAACCUGCGCUCCCAGAGUGAUACUGUGGCUAAGAGGGCUAAUGCAAUCCUUGGAGGUACAAGGGGCAUCCCGAGUUGGAGCUGCGAAGUAUGAGGCAUUGGUGAGACCAGCUGUGGUGUCCACACUUCAGAAAAGGUGCUGACGAAUUAGGAUGGGUCAUAGAAGAGCCAUAGGAAUGAUCUGAAGUCUGGAAAACCUGCUGAAAGGGUGAGACUAGGGCCACGUCUACGCCAUGGGGACUAGAGCAGCAUGGCAAUGGCACUGCAACUGUGCCAGCAAAGUCCUUCAGUGGAGGCAGGGCCUACAGGGACUGAAGGGGGGAUGGUUUUCCAGGGCUAUAGGACCUCCCUUUCAGUGCCCCAAGAGGGAGUUAGGGAGGAAUUUCCCUUGGAUGUGGCUGACUUGUUUGUUCUCCAGUGCAAGCGUGGGCCGUGCUCCAGCCUGGGGCAGGGAGGAGAUGGCAAAGCAGACACGUAACCAGGGCCCAGUCAGUGAGGCUAUGAGAAUGACAGCAAACCUGCCACCGGCUGUGUGGCAAGACUGCCCCUGAAGGAGCCCCAAGCUUUGUUUUCUUCUUUGGCCUGACCUCCCCCGGCCAACCAGCAGGUGGCAGUAGCCGCCUGGUAAUGACGCUGGGUUUCCUGGUGCCUAGGCAGAGCCAGGGUCUUGCAUCUGCAGCAAUAUUCAUUUCACUGUUGCUGUCACCAGCUGGGGGUCGGACCCCAGGCCUCUCAGACUGGCCUAGACCUCACAGGACUCACAUCAGCCAGCAUCGGAAGUUAAGCGACGUGCGGAUCAGGUUUGUGGAGAGCGUGAACAAGGCCGUGAUCAGCACCCUCCUGGACGACCUGCUGGAGAGACGGGUGCUGAACGACGAGGAAGUGGAGGAGGUGAAGGAGAGCUGCAGUAAGAAGAGUGACCAAGCCAGGUGUCUGAUUGAUGGAGUGAGGAAAAAGGGUGCCAAAGCCAGCGAAAUAUUCAUCGAGCGCCUCUGUGUCAGAGAUGUCCACCUGGCCACAGAGCUGGGGUUCAGCGCCCCGUCGGGGUCUGCUGCAGAAACCCAGCAAGCACCAUCUCAGGAAUGGAUCCAGCCCUGCCCCCGAGAAUUCAUCCAGCGGAUCCAGAAGGAGGAAGCAAAGGAGAUCUAUUCCAUCCGGGACAAGGCGACGCGAACCCGCCUGGCCCUCAUCAUCUGUAAUGUUGAGUUUGAGCGUCUCCGUAGGAGGGAUGGGGCUGACGUGGAUGUGAAAGGGAUGAAGAAGCUUCUAGAAGGGCUGGGAUACAAAGUGGAAACCCACUGCAACUUAAACACCCAGGCCAUGGCAGAGACCCUGAAGCAGUUUGCCGCUCGGAACGAGCACCAGACCUCGGAUAGCACCUUCCUCGUGCUCAUGUCUCAUGGCGUGAGGGCUGGCCUGUGCGGGACAAACUACCAAGAUGAGUCCACAGACAUCCUUCCUAUUGACACCAUCUACAGCACCUUCAACAACCAGAACUGCCAGGCACUGCUGGGAAAACCCAAAGUGAUCAUCAUUCAGGCCUGCCGUGGGGAGAACCGCGGACAGGUGUGGGUGAGUGACUCUGCAGAGCUCCCUGGAGACUGCUCCAGCCUCGCUCCGCGGCCCCCUGAAGGAUUAGAAGAUGAUGCAAGUCGCCGAAUCCACGUGGAGAGCGAUUUCAUCUGUUUGCAUGCUACAACGCCAAACACUUUGUCCUGGAGAUCUCCAGAAACUGGCUCCGUCUUCAUCACUCGUCUGAUAAAGCAGCUCCGAACUAAUGCCUGCCGCUUGCCCUUGGAGGAAAUCUUCCGACAGGUCCAGUUCUCCUUUCAAGAUUUUCCUGAUCAGAUGCCCACCAAGGAACGAACUACCAUGAUAAAAAAGUUCUACCUGUUCCCAGGUCAUUAGAACCAACCCACAAUAAGACAGAGCAUGUCCCAUGGGGGCCCUGCCGCAGUCAGCGUCAGCACCUUCCUGAAGGACAGCGUCUGCACAUUCAACAUUGGCACAAGGCUCAAGGUCUCUCCUCCUGCUGCCUGCACACGUUCCACCCGUAGCUUUCCUCUGAACUGCCAGAAGUGCCUUCAACUUCUCACCAGCCCCUUCCCCUGUGGAAGUGCCUCCACUUUGUGACAGGACAACGGUAGCAUCAGCCUGAAGGUCCUGCUGCCACAUCUCUAUAAAAUGACUCUUCCUAGUGGGGGACAGCAGAACUCCCCAGCUAUCUAGCUCCUACAGCACUGACAUCCCAGAGGACCCUAUCCCUGAGAUCCAGUUCACACUCUGAUCAUUCCCUCCGGUAGCCGGACUUUGAGUCCCCAGGACAGUCAGACAAGUGAGUCUCAGCCACAUCCUUCUUGGUAAAUAGCUGGAGUCUCCCUUUAGAGAUAUCAACAGCAGGGGCGUCUUCACUGUAGUUAGCCAAGGCUCCUGUCCCCUCCUCUCCGCAUACAAAACCCUCUCAUCUGGGCUUUCCACCCGGGCUAGCUGCCCCAGCUGAGGGUGGGUUUGAGCGUGGCGCUGCUUUCAUGGGCUGGGAGCCUGCCCACUUUGCCGUGAGGAUGCAGCUAAAUCACUCGAGUGCUGACUGUGCACCUCUGCCUUCCCACAGUCCCUCCCAGGUGCCCAGGACAGGCGUGUCCCACAAACACGCUGAGAAAGAGUCAUGCAGCAUCUCACCUUACAGCAGCGCAAAGAACCACGGGCUUUGCCCCAAACGCGCUAGCGACUUGAAGGGGAGUGCAGCACCAGUGCGGACGCAGUAACUCGGGUGGGGCUUUGCAACGUGGCUGCUCACGGCCAGGUUAGACUAACCCAGUGCUCUCACCUGGGUGCUGAUCACCCAGGCUAACUCUGGGAAAGCUCAUCUGCUGAACUCUGAGGGGAACAUGGAGUGUGGCAGCAGCCGCCUCUUCCUGCUAUCAGCGAUUCAGACCCCCUGGAAUGGAAGGAGCCUGUGUCUGUUCCCCUGACAGUGAGUGAGGCUGGGAUUAACUGAGCUCACUCCAAGUCAUCCCCACUAGAUGGCAGCCAGGCUGAGCCUUGAAUAGCUGCGUGGGGAUUUCCCAACCUCACUGAGCCAUUCGCGACCUUGUUCUCAGUCUCGAUAAGUACAGGGCCACAUUCUGCCCGGUGUCAGCUCCAGACUUCGCGUGCCGAGGCUGCAAGUGGCCCAUGAAAUUUGGGUUAGUGCUUAACCCACAUUUCUCUAUUAAAACCUAAGCCCAUUACUUCUGUCCUUGGCCCCAGUGCUGAGAGCUGAUCCCUUUCCCCUCUAGAGCAGCGCUGUCCGUCCUUAGUGAUGAGCGAGAGACACCCGUCCACACCGCUGCAAGGCAAGACCAUCAGGAAGGGAGCAGAGUUCUUUGGCAUGAUCCAUGGGGGGUAGAACCAGGAGCAAUGGGGUGAAGUGAUGAAAGGAGAAUUUCGCUUAGUUGCUUUCAGGGCUACUCCUAUGGCUGGGCGAGAGAGUAAGUGACUCCUGGGACCAGAGGUGUCCUUGCCCCUCUCUGUGAUUGCGCUGAUUUCUGGGCACACUCUCUCUGGUUUCCCUGUGGUUACUUUUAUAGCUGGUUCACCAUGUUCUUGAAAAGUGAUGUGUAGGCAGGGCCGGCUCUACUGUUUUUGCUGCCCCAAGCAGCGUGCUGAAUUGCCACCAUGGAUGGCAGGGGCAGUCUAUGUGCCGUUAGGGCAGCACGUGCGUUUCCGCGGCAGCUUCUGUCUUCAACUGGAAGACAGACGCUUUGCUGCCGUGGAAAGCUGAACAUAGAAGCUGCCGCCAAAUUGCCGCUGCUGUGGCGGAAAUGCGCGUGCCGCCCUAAGGGCACACGGACUGCCCCCGCUGUCCGCGGCGGCAAUUCGGCAUGCUCCUUGGGGGCAAAAAUACACGGACUGCCACCCCUUGCAGAUUGCUGCCCCAAGCACCUGCUUGGAAUGCUGGUGCCUGGAGCCGACCCUGAGUGUAGGGACGGGAGCGGUGGUUUGGGGGGUUUUAGAGACAUCAGAACCCAUCUCAGGGCCAGUAUAAAAAUACUUUUCUGUGCUUGUGAGCACCUCUUUGUGCCCUCAUUUCCAGAGACGCCGAGAACCAGUAGUUCCUGUUAGCUCCAGUUCAAUUUCAUACAUUCCAGAAAAAAAGGGACCACUGUGACCUUCUAGUGUGACCUCCUGUAGAGCACAGGCCAGAGACCUGCCUGAACAUAAUUCCUAGAGCAGAGCUUUGAGAAAAACAUCCCUUCUUGGCUGAAAAAUUGCCAGUGAUGAACAAUCCACCAGGACUCUUGGUAAAUUGUUCCAAGUCCAGCUGUGGGUGCUCAGCCCUCCUAGAAAUCAAGGCCUUGGUACCUCCAAGACUGCUCUGAUUGUAUUCCCAAAGCAGAGCUAGGAGCACCUGGGGCUCCAUGCGGAGUAUUUCUCCUGGAAACACCAGCCCCUCAGGGACCAUGAAGUGGUGCAAGGACAUCAGCCUCUGCCACGCAGGCUCCAUCGCAGCCCCCGCUUGGUGCUAUGGCUUUAGAAGCAGCGAAAUCCCCAGCUGUCUGAACCCACUUCUGCAGCAACACCUAAAGGUCAUCACCAUCCCUCUUUCCUGCCAUCGAGGGGCCGCAAGGAACACUCCAUAUUUACUAAUCAGACUCAACUCAGUGCCUGCUAAGUGUAGGACUAAGGUAGCAGAAAAAAAGGGAAGAGAUGGGGAAGGCAGCGACUGUGUCUGAAUCUGAGGACCGAGGUAUAAUAGUGUCUGCAGGCGUCUUGCCCACAGAAUUCCUUUGUACAUUGAAAAUGGGUCUUUCACAACGUUCUGCCAAAGGGCCUAACAUUCAUGCGCUGCCUUUGCCUUUGCCUUUGCGAGCAGAAGGGGAAGUGCCUUUUACUCCUUAUGCUUUGCGUCUGCAUCCUCUGACCCUCCCUUCAGAUGCUGUUAGUCUCGCGAUCACUGAGCUGCUUCUCAAACCCCCAACCCUAGGAUCUCAGGCUCCAUUUGAAAACAAGAUGGAAGUUUCUAGCUCUCCUGGGUACAGAAGAAAUCUCAAUGUGACCCCCCAAAAGCUCAGACCCCAGGAGACCAGUGAAGAGAACCCCAGGAUAUUGCAGCCAGUCUCAGGAAUUUGGCAUGCCUGAUGCAGGACUUUUGAAUGCUUGGCACUGGACAAUACCAGGAAUGAUUCCCACAAACCUCUCCCCCUUUGUCUGCACCAAUUGCUGUAUUUCAGUGGGUCAGGCUCAUUCUGUGGAAAGGAACAAUUCCAGUGUCAUGAUGGCCCAUGGGCUAAGUUUAGGACUCCAUACUGCUUGAUCCACAGCAUAAUCAAUCCCAUUUAUUAAUAAGGGUUGAUUCAGAACCCUGUCACAUUCAGCAACACUCACUAGGAAACAGGCUUACUCUCAGGACCACCAUUAUCUUUAACCUUUCUCCGCUCUACAUUUCCUUCCCUGGAGCAACUCCUGCUUCUCCUACCCCCUCGAACAAUCCCAGCUUCUGGAAGCUGUUGGUUUAAGGAUAGCCAGUACAUGAGGUUGCGUCCCUGAUCAUCUUGGUUAAUAGCCAUUCAUCGUUUAUCCUCUAGGAACUUACCUAAUUAUUUUUUGAAUCCAGGGAUGCUUUUGGUCUUCACAACAUCCGAUGGGAAAGAGUUCCACAGGUUGACUG